UGUUUCGGUUCCGGGUCCUCAAUGGGUCUCUACAGGUUGGGUACCGACAUAUAAAUCCCAAGGACACUUCACCAUGUGUCUGGCCUUUAUUCCGUACUUUACUUUCCACUGAAAUUUCAAUCACCCCCAAUUCCCCCUCCCUCUCCCCCCUCCCCCAACCACCAAACAUGGCUGAAUCCCCAAUCUCCCAGGGCCACUUUGUCCACAACAACACCAUUCCACCUGCUCAGCAAAGCUUGAUGGGCCUUUUCAGUCUUAAAGGGAGAACUGCAAUUGUCACAGGUGCCGGCGCUGGUAUUGGUCUUGCAGUUGCACAGGGCUACGCUGAAGCUGGUGCGAACGUUGCGAUAUGGUAUAAUUCGAACCUCAAGACGGUUGAACGAGCGGCUGAGAUUGAGGCCAAGUAUGGAGUUCAGUGCAAGGCCUAUCAAGUAAAUAUCAAGGAUUCCCAAGCCGUUGAGAAUGCCGUCAACUUGGUAGUCAAGGAGUUUAACGGCCGUCUCGAUAUCAUGGUGGCUAAUUCCGGUAUCCCCUGGACCCAAGGUCCUAUGGUCGACAGCGAGCCGGACCAUUAUAGCAAUGUGGUUCAAACGGACCUGGAUGGUACAUUUUACUGCGCCAAAGCUGCUGCUGCACAAUGGAGGAAACAGAAGAAAGAAGGCAACAUCGAAGGCUUUAGAUAUGGCAGCUUCAUCGCCACUGCUUCAAUGAGCGGCCACAUUGUCAACGUUCCUCAGCUUCAGGCUGCAUACAAUGCUGCCAAGGCAGGUGUUAUCCAUCUUUGCAAAUCCCUUGCCGUUGAAUGGGUUCAAUUUGCUCGCGCAAACUCUGUUUCUCCGGGUUACAUCGCAACUGAGAUCUCCAGUUUCGUUGCUGAAGAAACCAAAAACAUCUGGAAAGAUAAAAUCCCCAUGGGCCGUGAAGGUGAGGCGCAGGAGCUUAAGGGUGCUUACCUUUACCUUGCCUCCGAUGCUUCUAGCUAUACGACUGGCGCCGACAUCUUAGUGGACGGGGGAUACACGCUGCCUUAGUGCUUCACGCAACCGUCACUACGCUUCAAUAUCUCUGUACAUACUACAACGUCGAUAGAUAGAUUUUUCUCAAUGAACCAACCAUCCUUUCAUUCC